GCGAGUUAAAUACUGGACUUCAGUUGCCAAAUGUGGAUUUAAUUUAUUCAAAUGGAGUUGUAGCUGCUUUCUUUUAAGUUCUGUUCUUAUGCUAUCUUUUCUACAAGCUACUGUAUCCUUAAAUUAGCAAGUUAACUCUUGCUCGUGUGAACAUGCUAUCACGACAUCAAUCAUACGAGCUCGCGUUUUAAUUCCAUUUUGUAGUGUAGCUUACUACUUAGCUGACUCACAGAAAACUGAUUAAAAAAAAAACAAAAAACACUACUGACUUAAUAUGUAUUCCAGUUUUUGGAAAGGCCAUUCAUGCCCUUUCACGAAUUGGACAUGGGCUGUGGUUGGAUCCCACGGUUAAAGGGCCUGGCAUCAGCGCAGGCCAGUGAAUCCAUUAAAUGCAAGCUACAAAUCAAGUCUCUGCUACCACUUUUCCGAUGCUUGACUUCAAUUGAGCGUAAUGUGGAGCGAUGUCAGAUAUCAUUCAGCCCCCACAAAGACACAGUAAUGAUACAGUUUGUCUGUCGGCACGGAAUCACAAAAACCCACAACAUAUAUUACCAGGAGAGUGGAGCUCUACAGGCUGUGUUUGACUCUCAUCUCUGUUCCAAUGUGCUAAAGGGUCCUGCUAGGCUUCUUGCGAGUAUGGUGAUGCAUUUCCAAAGAUCUCAGGAGGAAGUCACCCUCUCCAUAACUCCUCUCCGAGUCAGUCUGAGGAAUUACCAUGAUGGAAGAAAUGAUCGCAUGAAGUUGACGUACACCGAGAUGGCCUUACACCCUGACGAGUUUGACUAUUUUCUGUCCGGAGAGGACUCGGCCAUAACCUUCUGUCUGAAGGAACUGAGGGCUUUUCUCUCUUUUGCGGAAAUGCAAUGCCUAGCAGUUUCAGUCCAAUUUGAUGCUGCAGGAAAGCCUGUGUGCUUUUCUGUGGAGGACACGGUCCUGGAGGCCACUUUGGUGCUGGCUACCUUGAUUGACAGCGGAGGUCCCGCCCAACCAACAAAUACCCCAGACCCAAAUUCACCGAGGCGUACAGAUGCUGCAGCCAGAGAUCAACGCCUCAGUCAUUGUGCUGGCAUGAAAAUGGUUGCAUCCAGCCAGGGCAGCCCCACCAUUCCGUCAACCCCUUUGCUGGAGCUUCAUAACCGCAAGCUUCUUCGACUUGGCAACCCCUGUGCGACUGCGAGUCCCGCUUCCUCCGCGAUCUGCUCCCUCCUGUUCCGGGGAUUGUCAUCAGAGCAGGAAGACGAGUGUGUGACUGUUUUGGCUUGUGACAGUGACAUGGAGGAGGACAAAUACUCGGCAAGAAGCCCCGAGUACUAAAAAAAAAGGGGGAAAAAGUGUUCCCUAAAUGUAUUUAUUGUAAGUUAAUUCCUUUGUCUAGUUGUUCACAGUCCUAAUAUUUAUUGAUCUCAAACCACCUUGUUCACUCAGAUUCUUUCAAGGAUGUAGUUAUUAAAUUUGCUUGGGUUAUUUAUUGCUUAUGAAAUUCAAAGCAUUGAACAGUAAAAGAUAAAUGUUGAGAUUAAGAGUGUAUGUUUUUGUGUGUCUGCAACUGAAACACAUCACAGUCAUGCCUCAAUAUCAAUAAAUACCAUUAUUUUUAUUUCAA